AUGCCCCUCUCCAACAAGCAAAUGGAGUACUUAGCUCUCGCCUGGCAAACCUUCGACAUCGAGCCCAAGAUCGAUUAUACCAAAUUCGCCCAAAUCGCCGGCCUCGCCAGCGCCGCUUCCGCCCGUGAACUCAUGCGCGUGACCAAGAACAAGCUCAAGGACGAAUAUGGUGCGCUUAGCGGCUCGGUCAAGGCUGCUAAUUCCAAGAACGCGAGUGGAGGAGGUGCUGGUACGCCUAGGAAGACGCCGGGUAAGGUCAAGGGGGUGCGUGGAAGCGGGAGGAAGGGUUGGGUGAGGGGUUCUGCUUCUGUUGAUGGUGAUGCGGAUGACGGCACUCCGACCCCGUCGCAGCGUGGGAAGAAGAGGGGCAAUCCUGCUGUUGCUGGUAUUGGAGGGGAGCAUGGAGGUGAUGAUGACGAGAUGGGCGGGAGAGAUGAGAGUCCGACCAAGAAGAUCAAGAAGGAGGUCGCGGGUGGCGGGAAAGCAAAGGAGGUCGAUUCCGUCAUGGCGGAGGAGGAGAAUGAUGACGAUAUGUGGCAGUAG